GGUUGAAGUGAGCAGAUGCUUUUUCACUAAAUUCACGUAAUGUUUACCUACCCAUCCUGUUAAGAAGCGAUUAUUGAAUGUGAAAACAACUCAUUCUUUGUAGAAUUUUAUCAAAAUGAUAUGGAUCAAUAAUAGAUAGCACAGAACCAGUGAGCCCAAAAUAGUCGCAUUCAGGAGCCUUUCUUCAUACAAGCAGAAAAUGGAAAGCACACACAGGAUGUCUACUUUCAAGGAGUAAUUAUAUGUUGUGGUAAUUCGACCGAUGUGAACGGUCCUACAGUAAAGACAACUUCUAGGAAUAGACAGAAUCAACAACUCAUUGCAACCAUGGAUUCCUUUUUAAAAGCUGCAGGGGUGCUAUACUUUGUUGCAGUGGCUCUGGCAGUGGUGAGCCUUGCCCUUCCCGAAUGGGUCGUAUCGGCGGAGCGUGAAGACCUCCGUCUCGGACUACUUCAACAUUGCCAACAGAUCCAUGGUCGGCCCAUGCAGUGCAACUACCGCUACCCGCCGGAUGGACCGGUCUCGUGGAUCUUCGCAGCCAUCCUCAUCCUCCUCGGUGUUCUCGCGCUGACUAUCGGCAUGGUCAUGAUCGCGCUCUCGGACAAAAUGCCACAGCUGAGGAGAUAUCCAAAGUAUCUCGGCCUGGCGUCGUGGUCACUCUUCUGUCUUGCCAUCGUUAUGUUCCCAGCCGGUUUCAAUCUCCCCCUUAUCGGUGGGGAGAGCUUUCUCUUGCCAAGCAGCGCGAAGACGGGGAUCUCGUACGGACUCUUCUUCACGGGGAUCUUGUGUACGGUGUGUGGGGCUGUGCUAGCACUGGGAAGGAUGUACUUUGCAAUGAUAGUGUGGAGAGGACACACAUGAAACAGCUUCAAGGGCAAACAGACAUUAACCUGUUGACAACUGAAUUCUCUCAUUGCCACACGCUCAAUACAGAGGCUACCUGGUUCCAGUAGGAAAUGGGUUAAAGACAUUUAGCAUAUUUAAAUUUUGCAUGGAAUUCAUAUUUUUUUCCUUCAAUAUUCAAACUGUACAGAGAGUAGUUUAUUCAAACAUACAUGUGGAGUACGACCCACCUUACAUGUACAUGGAAUCCGCUAUGACUGUUUAACGUUACACAUAUUUUAGCUGUGGCAAGCAAACAAUGUAUAUUUCCAUGAAGUAUACAGUGUAGCUGUUUUGUUACCUAUAAAGAAACUUAUUGCAUGUACAUGUACAUGUGCAUGUAUAUCAUCGAAUAUGAAAUUAGCUGUGUUUUCCCCAACUUGAACAAAAUACAUUAAUCAUUCCCCUAGUUAGUUCAUUUACUUGUCCAUUGGGUAGUUAUAUAGAAGAAAAACAGAUGACUACUGGAUACCUUUACUAGUAAAAGAAAAAAAUAUAGUGAAUUUUUAAGAUUACAAAUACACAAAAAACAUAAAACAGAUUUUUAAGAAUAGUCCAUGCUUUCAAAGAGUUACAUGUACAGUAUGAUGGUGUGAGGUCUAAGAAAAUGGUUAUGAAAAUUAUGAGCAAGAACUAUCUUCAAUUUACUCAUCACUCUUUUUCCUUUUUGAGUUGAGGUGGCGAUAAAACAAAAAGUAUUUUUCAACAUUUCCAGACAUUUACAAGAGGCGACUGGACAGAAAUAAUGUCUGUAUGUACACUGUAUGUUUGCCUCUUCUGUAAUAGAAUGUAUCCUACAUGUUAAAACUGUAGACAGUAUGCAGUUUACUUGCAUUUAGUUAUUGGUAUACAGUCAGUGUGCAUUUUGUCAUUUGUGUAAUGGAAUUUGGUGCAUUAUUAAUCAAAAUCCAUAUUCAUGUUGUAACUUUCUACUUAAAGCCUGGAUUGAGUUGUGCAUUUUAUUAUUAAAUGCAUAAAUAAGGUAAAAACCUGCUGCACUUGAAACCCCAGAUACAGUAGCAAAUUUAUGAAAAUGUAAUAAAUUAUAUAUUUUACAAUAAAAGUGAAUAAAAUAUUUUGGCAAUCA